AUGUCCGCAAUCACCUUCCUCUUUUGGCGAUUUAUGGAGAUCAUCACUUUGAUCCCCAUCCUAGGCAUGUUCGCCCACCUCCUGCGUCAAUAUCUCAACGCCAACAUACUUGCCCCUGAUCACAUACUCAUCCUUUUCAUCACCUCCGCCCUCGGCGUACCCUAUUGCAUCUUCACCCUCUUCACAUACCACCGUUCCCCUGGCAACUGCCGCCUCGUCUCCAUCAUCGACUUCGGCUUCUUUGGCACCCUCAUCGCUGCCGUUUAUGAACUCCGCUUUAUCCGCAACGCGGACUGCACUGAUAUCCAACAGGGCGAUCCGAUUACCUUGAGUCUGGGGAUUUUUGGCAGUGCGAAUCUGAACACAGUAAAGAACUCCGCCGAGGAGCAGGUGGGACAGCAGGAGUAG